GCAACGCAUGAACAAGAACAACACAUGCAGGAGGGAGCAAUAGAUGGCUGGUGUGAUGAGGAGAAGAAGUGCGUUUGAGAAAGGCAAAAACCAUGGAAAUGAUGGUAACUAGUUCAGUUCAGUUGUUGAUUGUGAAUGUGAGAAAGAGGGAAGAAGAAGAUCAAGAACAAGAGUGCAAGAAGAGAGGCAAAGGCUCGUGGUGAUGCCACGUGGCAUGGUUGGAGUGGAAGAGUGGUUUGGGGGCUUUCAACAACAAGAGCAAAGAGCAAAGAGUUUCUCUCUCUCCUGCCAUGUCAGAGCGUAACCCCGUCCUAUGACCCCGGCGAAUCCGUAUUUGUGUGUGUCUUUCUCUCUCUACCACUUCUUUCUCUCUCUACAGGACAACAUCAACAAACAACAACAACAACAACAACAACAACAGCUAUCUCUUUUUCUCUCUCUAUUUAUUCAUUUGUCUGUCCCCCCCCCUCUCUCUCUCCUCGUAUCUCUCAUCUCCUUCUUGCAUCCAUCCAUGCCCUAAUACCCUUUUCUGCAUACCCUCUUUCCCCUUUUUUUCAUUCCUCUCAUGCAAUCCCUCUCCCUGCUUCUAUUUGAUCCAUAGCCCACGCUGCAGGAUUGGUGCAGGCUAUUGAUUCUAUGUUUCUAACUUUCCAUAGUACAAGACUUACCUAAGAUCCAUCUCAAGACUUAAGUAGGCUGGAUUUUCCAAAUUCAUUAGAUGUUGGAAUAAGACACACCUCAGACGAACGAAAUAUGCAUAGAAUUUCUUGUAACGUUGGUGAACCGAAGAUACAACUGCAGAGAAAUGCUCUAGCAAAUGUAUUGAAUCACCAUGAGUUCUGAAGCUUCAACCCAAGACUAACUUAUUGGACUUUCCCUUAGCUAUCAUAGAGCCUUCCCUUUUGAGGCACAAAGCUCUUUUUAUGCUGGUUUGGUCUUCAAAGUGGACAUACUUUGUCCAAUCAGCUGAUGGAUACUUAAUCAGAGACGAUCUUUAGUAAUUGCAGUUGUGGAAAGGAUGCAUUUAUGAACAAUGAAAGAAAACAAAUCUUCAGCACCUAAAAUGCUUAACAGGAACUGGGUUUUAAAGCGUAAGCGGAGAAAACUUCCUUUAGGACUAGAUCAGUCAUCUGGUAAAGAGCAAUCCAAUGGUAAAGAAGAAAAUUCACUAACAUCCGAAUCUUCUAGAAAUGCUUCAGCUAAACGUGUGCUAAAGACUGAAGUAGCUACUGGUCAAAUUUCAUCUAAGAAGAAAGGAAAUGAUGGGUAUUACUACGAAUGUGUGAUCUGUGAUGUUGGUGGCAACUUAUUGUGCUGUGACAGUUGUCCUCGCACUUAUCAUUUACAAUGUCUUGAUCCUCCUCUUAAGCGCAUCCCUAAUGGGAAGUGGCAAUGUCCAAGUUGCUUUGAAGGAAAAGAUCAAUUAAUGCCCAAAAACCACCUGGAUCCAAUUUCAAAACGAGCAAGGACAAAGAUUGUCACUACAAAAUCAAAAGAUCAAGUUAGCUCACUUAACCUUGAAAAAGUUUUUGGAACUAAACUUGUUUCAAAGAAAAGGUCCUCAAGCAAGGGAAAACCUAUUUCAAGCAUGGGAGUCCAAUUUUUUGGAAAGAAAUUAUUGUCUUCCCCAGCUGAUGAAAGUUGUAGCGACAAACCUAUUGACCCAUCUCCUGAGAGUCUUAUGGAAGGAACUUCGCCAGGUGUGGAUGCUGAUGAAAAAAAAUUGAGCUUGUCCCCAAACGAAUACCCAGUGGACAGGAAGUCAACUUCACCAGCCAAGGAAGAUGAACCGCUCUCUAAAAUUGCUAGUUUAGAAGCAAAUGAUGAACAGCUGGAGAGCAAGACUGAUUUAACUUGCAGUAAGAUUUCUUCAAGGAAAACACUUGUUCUUGCUAUUGCUGCUAGUGGAGAGGAAGUGAGAAAAAGGAAGAAUAAAGUUGUUAAUGAUAAUACUAGUCAAAAGAAACGAAAGGCUGAAAAGGGGAAAAAAAUUGUCAAUCCUUCUUCUAUAAAAUCCAAGUCUGGGAAUAAUAAAGUACACAAGAAGCAGAAGUCUAUAACCCAUAGCAUUUCUGCAUCUGUAUCAAAAGAGGAUGUUGGAAACAAGAAUUCUAGUGCCCAGCAGAAAGAUGAGAAGAUCUCUCAGCUAAUGAAAGAUACCCCAAGUGAAGUUGAUAAAGCAUGGAGCCGCAUGGACAAAACUUUGUUGCAUGAAGACAGUGCUAUUGCUGAGUCUUUGCAGGUUGAUCGGGUUCUAGGGUGUCGAAUUCAAGGUGAGAAUGCAAAUUCAUCACGUAACUUGUCCUUGAAUGUUGCGGGUGACUCACCUUCUGGUGAUCUAGUAAUAUCAGAAAAUCAGUCCAGACUACUAGAUGAUAAUUCUGCUUGUGCUAAUGAUUUGGAUGUUGAAUCAACUGAAAAUCAUAUUGAGGAUUGUCAAAAUGUCAAGAGUUCUGAUGAAGAAGGAAUACUGAAAAACACUGAUAGACUGGAAAGGAUUCAUGUAUACAGAAGAUCAAUAACAAAAGAGAGCAAGAAAGGAAAUUCUGUAGAUUCGUUGAGUAAAGCCACUGGUGAUUUAGAUCCCUGUGACUGGGAUGGUAAAGAUCAGGAUGAUUCUGCUGUAUCUGCUGAACAGUUGGAAAAACCAACUGACAAGGUGGAGACAGAGGAGAUCAUUAAUGUUGCUUUAAGAAGUGAGGACAACAGUGAGAUUCCAAAAAACUGUGAAAUACAACUCUCUCCUGAAGCAAAACAAAAAGAAAGGAAUGCAGAGAAGGGAAUGAGUGGCAGUAUUGAUGAUAAAGCUCAGGAUGCUAUCAUAGCUGAAUGCGCAGGCCCAAAUGGAGAGCAAGUUUUCUAUGAAUUUUUAGUUAAAUGGGUAGGAAAGUCUCAUAUUCAUAAUAGUUGGAUUUCUGAAUCCCAGUUAAAAGUUCUUGCAAAGAGAAAACUAGAAAAUUACAAGGCAAAGUAUGGGAUGACGAUAAUUAAUAUUUGUGAGGAGCGUUGGAAGCAGCCUCAGCGGGUGCUUGCCCUUCGAACUUCCAAACAUGGAACAUCUGAAGCAUUUAUAAAAUGGACUGGACUGCCUUAUGAUGAAUGCACUUGGGAAGGUUUGGAUGAACCAGUGCUUCAAAGUUCUUCUCAUUUGAUUACAUUUUUCAAUAAGCUUGAAACCCUCACUUUUGAAAGGGAUUCAUUCAAGGAAAAUUCAACUAGGAAAAGCAAUGACCAUCAAUAUGAUAUUUGUAAUCUUACAGAGCAACCUGAGGAUCUAAAAGGUGGUUCUUUGUUUCCCCAUCAGCUUGAGGCACUGAACUGGUUGCGUAAAUGCUGGUAUAAGUCCAAAAAUGUGAUACUUGCUGAUGAGAUGGGGCUUGGAAAAACAGUAUCUGCUUGUGCUUUUAUUUCAUCAUUGUAUUUUGAAUUCAAAGUUUCACUUCCUUGCUUGGUCUUGGUACCACUUUCUACCAUGCCUAAUUGGCUUGCUGAAUUUGAACUUUGGGCUCCGAAUGUGAAUGUUGUAGAAUAUCAUGGCUGUGCUAAAGCAAGAGCAAUAAUUCGCCAGUAUGAAUGGCAUGCAAAUGAUCCAAGUGGGUUGAAUAAGAAAACAGAAGCCUAUAAAUUUAAUGUGCUUUUAACUACAUAUGAAAUGGUUCUUGCUGAUUCUUCUCAUUUGCGUGGAGUUCCUUGGGAAGUUCUUGUUGUUGACGAGGGUCAUCGACUGAAGAAUUCAGAAAGUAAGCUUUUCAGCUUGCUAAAUACAUUCUCUUUUCAACAUCGUGUACUGUUGACAGGUACUCCUCUCCAGAACAACCUUGGCGAGAUGUACAACUUGCUUAAUUUCUUGCAGCCAGCUUCAUUUCCUUCUCUAUCUUUAUUUGAGGAGAAAUUUAAUGAUCUUACAACUGCAGAGAAAGUUGAUGAAUUGAAAAAACUUGUUGCUCCUCACAUGCUUCGUAGACUUAAAAAGGAUGCCAUGCAAAAUAUCCCCCCUAAGACAGAAAGAAUGGUUCCUGUUGAGUUGUCAUCCAUCCAAGCUGAAUAUUAUCGUGCAAUGCUUACAAAGAAUUAUCAAGUAUUGCGGAAUAUUGGGAAAGGAGUUGCCCAACAAUCUAUGUUGAACAUCGUGAUGCAAUUGAGGAAGGUCUGUAAUCAUCCAUACCUCAUACCAGGAACUGAGCCUGAAUCUGGUUCUGUUGAGUUCCUUCACGAAAUGAGAAUCAAGGCUUCAGCUAAGUUGACUCUUCUGCAUUCUAUGCUAAAGAUUUUACACAGGGAAGGUCACAGAGUUCUUAUUUUCUCACAAAUGACCAAGCUUCUUGACAUCUUGGAGGACUAUUUGAAUAUAGAAUUUGGGUCUAAAACGUAUGAGAGAGUGGAUGGAUCUGUUUCUGUAGCUGAUCGCCAGACAGCUAUUGCACGCUUUAACCAAGACAAAAGUAGAUUUGUUUUUUUGUUAUCCACUCGCUCUUGUGGACUUGGGAUAAAUUUGGCAACUGCUGACACUGUCAUCAUCUAUGAUUCUGAUUUCAAUCCCCAUGCAGAUAUCCAAGCAAUGAAUCGAGCACACAGAAUUGGACAAUCAAAUAGACUUUUGGUAUACCGGCUUGUGGUUCGUGCUAGUGUUGAAGAGCGCAUCUUGCAGCUUGCUAAGAAGAAAUUGAUGCUUGAUCAGCUUUUUGUAAAUAAGUCAGGAUCUCAAAAAGAGGUAGAAGAUAUUUUAAAGUGGGGAACUGAGGAACUCUUCAACGAUUCUCCUGGACUGAAUGGGAAAGACAUGAGUGAAAAUAACAAUAGUAGCAAAGAUGAGGCAGUAGCAGAUAUAGAACAUAAGCAUCGGAAGAGGACUGGUGGUCUGGGAGAUGUAUACAAGGAUAAGUGUACUGAUAGCAGCAGCAAGAUUCUGUGGGAUGAAAAUGCUAUUUUAAAAUUGCUUGAUCGUUCAAACCUUCAAGAUGGUUCAACUGAUAAUGCCGAAGGGGAUUCUGAGAAUGAUAUGCUGGGCUCAGUGAAGGCGCUUGAGUGGAAUGAUGAACCAACUGAAGAACAUGUAGUGGGUGAAUCUCCUCCUCAUGGGACUGAUGAUGUGUCUACACAAAAUUCUGAGAAGAAAGAGGAUAAUGCAGUGAAUGGCAAUGAAGAAAAUGAAUGGGACAAACUACUGCGUGUGAGGUGGGAGAAAUAUCAAAGUGAGGAGGAAGCAGCUCUUGGUCGAGGGAAGCGACAGAGAAAAGCUGUUUCUUAUAGGGAAGUAUAUGCUCCACAUCCAAGUGAAACAAUGAGUGAGAGUGGUGGUGAAGAGGAAAAAGAGCCAGAACCAGAGCCUGAGCGUGAAUAUACACCAGCAGGACGGGCCCUCAAGGCAAAAUAUGGUAAACUCCGUGCUCGGCAAAAGGAACGACUUGCCCGGAUAAAAGCGAUUAAAGAAUCAAAUCCUGCUGAGGGAUUUCCAGGUAAUGAGUUACUUUCACAUUCUCCAGCCAUUGCCAAGGGUGGGGAUCCAGUGGCUGGACCGAUGCAUUCAGAUCAGGAGGGGCCUUCUAUCAACCUAGAAGACAGACAACUUUCUGAAGCGAAGAAUAGCAACACUGACUCCUUUUCAAGGAUCAAUAAGCUUUCAAAACAUAAAAUGACCAGUCAUUUUGAUGCUUCUGUCAGUAAUCUAGGUCGUUCUCUCCCUGACAUUUUUCUUCCAAGUCACCCUAAAGUGGGGCUGAGCAUGACAAACUCAAUGCCCACCAACAAUUUGUUGCCUGUACUGGGACUUUGUGCUCCUAAUGCUAACCAAAUAGAAUCAUCGGAAAGUAAUAUUUCGAAGUUAAAUUGGAGACAUAGACAUGGAUCCAGACAAGAGUUUCCAUUCAGUCUUGCCCCUUGCUCUGGGACAUCCAUGGAUGCUGAGGUCAGAAGUAAGGAAGUGGCAGCAAAUACCAAGCUGGCAGAUGCAUCAACAGAAAAUUUACAACCAAGUUUCAAAAAUAGCAUCCCUGAUAACAGUCUAACAUUUGUUCCUUUUCCACCCUGUGUGCAAGGAAAGGAAUCUGAUGCAUUUGAAAAUUCAGGUGCUAGAUUUUCUCAUUUUCAGGAGAAGAUGGCCUUGCCGAAUCUGCCAUUUGAUGAAAGGUUGCUGGCCAGAUUUCCUCUUACAACCAAGAGCAUGCCAAAUUCACAUCUGGACCUCUUGCCCAGUUUGUCUAUAGGAGGAAGACUUGAAUCUUUGAAUGGGUCUAUGCAAGACCUUCCAACAAUGCCAGUGUUGCCUAAUUUCAAAAUACCCCCUGAAGAUUUAUUCAGAUAUAAUCAACAAGACAGGGAUGCUCCCCCUACUUUGGGUUUGGGACAAAGGCCAACCACAUUCUCAUCUUUCCCAGAAAACCAUAGGAAGGUGCUUGAAAACAUAAUGAUGAGAACUGGAUCUGGAUCAAGUAAUUUAUUGAAAAAGAAGUCAAAAUCAGAUGGGUGGUCUGAAGAUGAACUUGAUUCUCUCUGGAUUGGUGUUCGUAGGCAUGGAAGGGGCAAUUGGGAUGCUAUGCUCAGAGAUCCCAAGUUAAAGUUUUCAAAGUAUAAAACAUCUGAGGAUUUAUCAGUGAGGUGGGAAGAGGAACAGGUAAAGGUCUUUCAGGGGCCACCUUUUCCUGCACAAAGAUCAUCCAAGACUAUGAAAUCUACCAAAUCGGCCCAUUUUCCAAUCUCUGAUGGAAUGAUGGAAAGGGCUUUGCAUGGGAGCAAAUUUCUUUUGCCGCCAAAAUUUCAAAACCAUCUGACUGACAUGAAAUUAGGGAUAGGUGAUUCUGCAUCUAGUCUGUCACAUUUUAGUACAUUGGACCGACCUAGUUUGCAAAAUGAUCACUUCGUACCUCUUCCAUCUUGGAGUUAUGAUAAAAACAGAUCAAAAUUUCCUGAAGGUGCUUCUGCUGAAACAUCUGAUAGACCAGGAACUUCCAGUGUACUGACUGAAAGACCAUUUCUGCUUAAUUCUUUUGGAACCAGUACCUUGGGUUCUUUAGGCUUGAAUUGCUCAGGCAGCAUUGAUGCGCAUCAAAAGGAGGAUGACCAAGGAAGCUCCAAGCGUGGAAAGUUGCCCGUACUUCUUGAUGGAUCAUCCAAUGAUGUGCGUCAUAAUCCCAUUAAUGUAGGAAAUGGUGAGUCUACUAGCUCUGGAUUGUUAUCUAACCCCACUAGACCUGAUCUUUUGCACUCAAAAGGAGAGGAAGUGGGUGGAAGCAGUACUUUGAAAGACAAGCUUCCCCACUGGUUACGAGAAGCUGUGAGCUCCCCAGCCAAACUUCCUGAUCCUGAACUUCCACCCACAGUAUCAGCCAUUGCUCAAUCAGUUCGCCUGUUAUACGGGGAAGAUAAGCCUACAAUUCCCCCGUUUGUGAUUCCUGGACCACCUCCCUCCCUACCAAAGGACCCCAGGUCUAGUGUCAAAAAGAAAAAGAAGAGAAGAUCACACAAGAUCAGUCGGAGUCUUCCAGAUUUUGCGGGAAUCAGCGGGGAUUUGCACAGCAGCCACCAUGUUGAUAAUGGUGCUUCAAGCUCACUCCCAUUGGACCCACCAUUGCCUCUACUUUCAUAUACAGGAGCUCUAGGAACUCAGCAGAUUGAAUCUGACCUUAACUUGCCUCCUCUAAAUUUGAAAGUGGCAAGCUCGUCACACUCUUCAAAAAAAGCAAGUUCGGGACUGUCUCCAUCUCCUGAAGUGCUCCAGUUGGUUGCAUCAUGUGUUGCUCCUGGCCCCCAUCUUCCAUCGAUCGCCGGUGCUUCAAACUUUCUCGACAGCAAGCUUCCAUUGCCAAGGCCUGUUGGCAGAGCCAAAUUCAAAGACUCAGAAGGUGCCUUCAGAAAUAAGAAUCCUAGGCAGCUCUCACAAAAAAAUUGGUGUUCACCUCAAGAACAAGAAGUACAUGACCUUGAUAGUGGAGAUUCCAGCAAGACUCAGUCAGAUCCCUCUCGGGUUGAACGGCCCUAUGAAGUGGAAGUGUCAUCUGAGGGAACUGUCUCAGACCAUGCUGUGAGAGAUCAGGAAACAUAACUUUAGUGUUUUGGAUAAAAAAAAUGAAACCAUAUUCUUUCUUGAUGCUGAAGCCUUUUCACCAAUGCGCUAGAAUUUUUGUAGGUAUGACGAGUGAACUAGCAAAAAUAUAGGAUUGUUGAGAACAUGUAAAGUUUUUUUUUUCUCCAAGUGAAAUGAAAUAUAGUGUUGCUUGUUGGAUAUUGUUUGUUGUCCUCUUUGUCUGGCAUUUUUUGAAAUUGGAACCAGAUAUAAUAAUUCAUUAUUAUAUGCAUGGUACGUGUAUUA